UUCCAUUGCCAAUUUGUUCUCCUCCAAUAAACCUGUAAUGAGCAGAAGAAAUGAAGGAAUCGCAAAGCACAUUUUAAAUAACUCCAUCUUCGUCUUCUUCUUCCUAUUUAUUCUGAACCCUGGCCGCUGCCAAGAGCAUCUACCACGCCGGCGAGCUCGUUUUUCUCUCACCCUCGCCCUUGGAUUAGAACUUGAAAUAACGAUGAAUAGUCAGUAUCUCUCCAUCUUCUUCCUCAUGGUAUCCCUCCCCAUAGUUACCCACAGCGAAGGCCCUAUUCCCAGCAUCAGCCUCGAACACCUAGACCCCACCCUCCCCCCAGCCGCCCUAGCAGGCCAAAUCCCCAAAUGCUCCGUCCUCGUCCUCCAGCAGGAAUUCACAGACACCACCGGCUCCCCUCCUGCCUCUGCCAACUACACCCACCCCCGCGAAUGCCCAUUCCCCUGGACUCGCGUCAUCCUCGAACUCUCCGUCUCCGCCUCCGAUCUCCAACGCGAACGCAUCGCGGCCAUUUGGAUCGACGGCUCCGAGAUCCUCCGCACCAUAACCCCUCUCCCAAUGGCCCCCGGCGCCUUCUGGACCGUCCGCAAAGACAUCUCGCGUUACUCCGCCAUUCUCCGCCGCCUUGGCGAUCCUUCUUACACCGCUGCUCGCGGCCGCGGUAUCAUCUCCAUGAUGCUCGAAAACUCAGAUUCCCCCACCCACCUCCCCGGCGUCUACUCCGCCAACGUUUCCCUCCACUUCUACCGCGGCAGCACCACGACCACAGCCGCGGCAGCCGCCGCCCAUCCAAAUACCCGCUCCCUCUACCACGAGCCCGCCGAUAUCAUCCUCCCGAUCUCAAACCCUACCGGCUAUCUCGGCUCAAACGGCUUCUGGUUCCGCAUCAACAACGAAACCCACAUCCAAACGGCCCCAUUCGCAUUACCAAUGAACGCCUACCGCGCCGUUCUUGAAAUCUUCGUCUCCUACCACGGAGACGAUCAGUUCUGGUACACAAACCCUCUACGCAAUUCUUACCUCAACCGCUCCCCCGGCACUAAUCUCUCCACCCCCCGCGCAAACGGUGGCCUCCGCCAACUCUAUGCCAACAUCGACGGCCAGUUCGCCGGCGGCCACAUACCUUUCCCAGUUAUAUACCCCCGCUCUAUAAACCCUUUCUUUUGGUCUCCCGUGGCCGCCAUUGGAGCCUUCGAUAUGCCAUCUUAUGACCUAGACUUAACCCCCUUUCUCGGUCUUCUUCUUGACGGUCGAACCCAUGAGAUUGGAUUGGGGGUUCGAGACGCUCAGGCUUAUUGGCUGGUUAGUGCUAAUCUGCACGUAUGGGUCGACCUCUGGUCCGACGCGGUUCGGGCCGGGCUCGUGCAUUAUUACGUGCCGCCGCUGAAGGUGAACCGGAACGCCGAGUGGAGGAAUUUGGAUGGGCAGUCGGAGAUAAAUGCUGAGGGGCUGUGGCAGUUUACUGGGUGGGUCAGUUCUUCGCGCGGUAAUAUUACCACUGCGGUGCGCCAAAAGAUCAAGUUCAAGAGCCAGAUCGAGGUCCAGAACCGCGGAGCUGUGACGCAGGUGGAGGUGAAUAAUAAAGAGAGGAUGAUGGUUGAGAUGUCCAGAGGGCAUCAGACCUUAGGGCGCGCACAAAUGCUAGUUGAAGCACCGCUUCAAGUUCAAACAACUAGCGUUAGCGCAGCAGGUGGGUCUGUGUUCCGAAAAGCAAGGCUUUUCCACCAACUUCUCGAAUCAGUGGUUCUCAGCGAAGGGCAAGCAAUGACGACAAGCACGCUCACUGAUCGUCAGGAUGCUGAGGGCUCGGCUCUUAUGCGUGGUGAAGAUCCGGUUUGGGGCAGUGGAUCCACGCGAUCAUCUUAUAAAUACAGGGAUGAUAACACAUGCUAUCUUCGGGCAUUGAACACCGCCGGCGGAGUUGUCAUGGUCGACACAACUAGUCCUUCAUGCGCUGCAGAGGCUUAGAUCGAAGGAGAAUGAUGGGCAAAGAACGUGUUGGUUUGGUUUUGAUCUAGUUAGAGUAUAAUUGGAAGAAUAAUAGGUUUGGUGUCUUGUGGGAUUUGCCGAAAGGAUUUUUCCUGGGGUGAGAUCGAGCUAGCUGUACGGCUAUAUCUGAGACAGCUUCAUCAAUCUAUUGUAUUUUUUGAGAAUUUA